AUGGAGGAUGGAACUAUUUGUGCUGAGAAAGCUGAGUUAGGAACUGCAGGCUUCCUUAUAGAGCUUGAAAAUAAUAGGGCAAUCAAGGUCUUUGGAAAGAACACUUUGAUCGGCUUGGGUAUGACAUUUUUUGCUGGCCUUUGCUUCUCCUUUUUCUCGCCAGCAUUCAAUUUGGCGACGAAUGAUCAAUGUGGGACAAUGAAAGAAGGGGUUCCGCAUUUAGUUGUCUACACUGCAUUUUUCUACUUCUCUGUAUCUUGUUUUGUGGUUGCUAUCGUUCUAAACGUUAUCUUCCUGUCCUACCCUGUAUUCAACCUACCACGGUCUUCAAUUAAGGCUUACCUCAAUGAUCGGAAUGGUAGAAAUCGGGCUCUUUUGGCAAGGCUUCUUUGUGGCUUAGGAAAUGGCCUCCAGUUCAUGGGCGGCCAAGCUGCUGGAUAUGCGGCGUCAGAUGCUGUUCAGGCAUUUCCACUUGUGAGCACGUUCUGGGGAAUACUUGUGUUUGGAGAGUAUAGGAAGUCAUCGAGAAGAACCUAUGUAUUGCUUGUUAGCAUGUUAUCGAUGUUUAUCGUGGCAGUUGGGAUUCUUAUGGCAUCAUCAGGGCAUCGAAGACAUAAUAAAUAUGCAGUUUAG